CUUGAAUUCUAGACUUUACUGUUGGACGACCUCCGUGCGCCCAUUUCCCUGAGUAAUUGUUUGAAGUUGAUAUCGGCAGGCCAUAAUAUCUCUCCAAGAGCCAACCCCGCCCUGAUCUCCCGACAUGCUCAGUUAACAAACUCCACACGACCCAAUUGCUGCAACUGUUCAUCGAUUGCACGCAUACAACAAUGGCUUCUGCGCUAUUCUUCCUCGACCUGAAGGGCAAGACCCUUUUGGCGAGGAACUACAGAGGCGACAUUCCAAUGUCUGCCGUCGAGAAGUUCCCCAUUCUCCUUUCAGAGGCCGAAGAAGAGAGCUCCGCAGUGCCUCCAUGUUUUUCGGAUGAUGGGAUCAAUUACCUAUACAUCCGCCACAACAACCUUUACCUCCUCGCUCUCACAAAACGCAACAGCAAUGCCGCCGAGCUCCUUCUCUUCCUUCAUAAAGUUGUUGAGGUAUUCACGGAGUACUUCAAGGAGCUGGAGGAGGAGAGUAUACGGGACAACUUUGUCAUUAUCUACGAACUGCUGGACGAGAUGAUGGACUUCGGCCAUCCGCAGAUCACGGAGACGAAGAUAUUACAAGAGUACAUCACACAAGAAUCACAUAAGCUUGAGAUCCAGGCUAGGCCUCCAAUCGCAGUCACAAAUGCCGUCAGUUGGCGAAGCGAGGGUAUUCGAUACCGAAAGAACGAAGUUUUCCUCGACGUCAUCGAGUCACUCAACCUUCUCGUGUCGUCAAACGGCAAUGUCCUGCGCUCGGAAAUCCUUGGCGCCGUCAAGAUGAAGUGCUACCUGUCGGGAAUGCCGGAGCUACGGCUCGGAUUGAACGACAAGGUCAUGUUCGAAACAACAGGAAGAGCAACAAGAGGGAAAGCUGUUGAAAUGGAGGACGUCAAGUUCCACCAAUGCGUACGGUUGAGUAGAUUCGAAAACGAUCGAACAAUCAGCUUUAUCCCGCCCGAUGGCGAAUUCGAGCUGAUGAGCUACCGGCUUAACACCCAAGUCAAACCCCUCAUUUGGGUGGAAUGCGUGGUCGAGAGCCACUCUGGAAGUCGCAUAGAAUACAUGUUGAAGGCGAAAGCCCAAUUCAAGCGACGAAGCACCGCCAACAACGUCAGCAUUUCAAUACCUGUUCCCGAUGACGCCGAUACGCCGCGCUUCCGCACCAACAUCGGCACCGUCCACUACGCGCCCGAGACCUCGUCAAUAGUCUGGAAAAUUAAGCAAUUUGGCGGUGGCAAGGAGUUCCUCAUGCGAGCCGAGCUCGGUCUCCCAUCCGUACGGGGCGACGACGAAAAAGGCGGGGGCAUGAUGGGUGGCUUCGGUGGAAGCAUGGGUGGGGUCUCUGGCGGCAAAGGGAAGCGACCCAUUUCCGUCAAGUUUGAGAUCCCAUACUUUACGACUAGCGGAAUUCAGGUGCGGUACCUGAAGAUUAAUGAGCCCAAGUUACAAUACCCCUCGUUGCCUUGGGUCCGAUACAUCACCCAGUCUGGCGAUAUCGCGGUGCGACUACCAGAUGUACAGUAGACGGGGUUUUCUGAUUGGUUUGGCCGAUGCGGGCAUCUAUCUAAGGGCGAUCGAGCCUACAAAUCCCUGGGGCACUCAAACAACUUAAUUUGGCAUUUGCAUCAUGGAAUGAGGCUAUAGAGCGACUUUCUUAGCAUAUAUGAGCCAUGCCAAUAAUGAGAUGCUACAAUGUCGGUAAAGCAAUGCAUUCAAGGAUAUCUGUGUAGGAGCCAUGAUCAUUCCAGGUGUUUCGAUCCCCCUGUGUUCCUCAUAGCCGCGCCAAAGUUAGCUGGUCUGCUCAGCACGUAUUGUGGGCAAUGAAUAACGUAAAGAACGUAGUAUGGUAGGGCACAA